AUGGAAAAGGAGAUAGCAUUGGUCGAGGGGACUGAUAUGCAUCUGGAGGAUGAUGUUAAUCCCGAAGAGCCAUUUACUCUGGAAAUGGAGACCGAAGAGAAUGAAAUUGGAAGCCCAAAGAGUGAGAUUCAAUGUUUCUCAUCAGAUAUGGGCGAGGGAAGUAAUGUUGUAUUUUCAAGAGAAGCACCCCUUAUAAGCAAAGAUUCAAGAAUAUCUGGUGUUUGUAGUUGUAGUGCGACAAAACUCAAGUCACAUGUGGUUGCGGCGGAGUCUGAGAUUGGCGAUAAGGAGAAUUUUGAACAGGAGAAGAAACUCAGUAGGCAAGAAAGGAUUGAGUUGGGCCGGAUGUUUCAGAGCGCCGUGAGUUGCCAUGACUGGGAGCCUGCUGAGAGUUUGAUACUGUUGGCUGAUCCACAGACCCUUAAUGAUGCCUUGUGCAUCACACUGGACUCUAUCUGGUUUUUGAGCACACAGCAAGAGCUUGAUGGGAUAACUGGAUUGAUUAAGAAGAUUAUUGCCAGUGGUGCUUAUGACUUCACUAGAGCUGCUCUUAGAACUUCUUUUCUUGCUUCGUGUGUUUCUGCCUGCCAGAGCCAAACGAUGCACCUUGAAGACACAGUAAAUGUAAUGGCCCAAAGAUUGAAGGAGCGACUUCAGGAGUGCAAUGGGGAUGAGGUAUUGAAGGCAGAAGCUAGUGCCAAGGUUCAAAAGUUUACUGAGUGGGCUCUGAAAUGCAUCGGUUUCCAUUCUCGCUGCCAGGCGAAUAGAGACCGAGUGAUUCAAAGCUCAAUUGCUGAGAUUCAGCUCCAACUGUCUGCAUUCAAGACAUUUCUUGAUCUUGCUGGCAAUCAACUCACAGGGAAGGAUUUCACGGAGGCCUUUGAUGCAGCCUGUUUUCCGCUCACUCUGUUCUCCACUUCAUUCGAUCCUGGCUGGGCAUCUGGGAUAUCAGCAGCUGCAAUCCAAGGGUUGCUUGGUAUGUUGGUUGAAGGGGGUGCAGACAAUGUCAAUCAGUGUUUCCUUGAAGCCUCUCGUUUCGGAAGUACAGAACUUGUGCGCAUCCUGUUGCAGAUUGCCCAUAGGAACAGCUUGGAUGUCGAUGUUGAUUUGGCCCUAGGUUUUGCUUCUCACUACUGCAAAAUUGGUACAAUGGAAUGUCUAGUGGAAGAGGGCAAUGCGAUAGCUUUCUUGGGCCCUUUGAUGAGAGCAGCUGAAAGGGGUUGCAUGCAGGUUGUUCAGUGGUUUGUGAAAAGGGGUUGCCGUGACAUGGAACUCUGCCUUGCUCUCACUGCUGCAACUUCCAGUAGCCAAGUUGGUGUGGCUGGAUAUCUCCUCCCUCAUGUUCCUCAGCAUGUUCUUGCUGCCCUCAGUAUAGAAAUUCUCAAGGCUGCUGGGGAGCGAAGUGGUGGGUCGCUUGAUGGUGUGGCAUUUCUGUUACGUUCUGAUUUCUUGGGUGAUCCUACUGCUACUUAUGCUGUUGCAGACAGCAUCGCUCGGUCUGAUGACGAGUCUGUUGCCCCUGAGCUCAGGGCUUUUCUUCGAGAGCACUGGUCAGAGGCAGCUUACUUGGAUGGAUUAAAGCAAGGACAAGAACAUUACUUCAAUUUUGUGAGGAUUUUGAAUUGGGGUGGAUCGCCUAUAUCCUUAAGGGAUCUGCCAGGCCCUUUAAGAGUGGCAGUUGCUUAUCUGCCGUUGUACAGGGAGUGUGUUGCAACUGGUGGUCGUUUAUUUUCACAAAAGCAAAGGGGCCAGCUUGUUGAAGCUGUGAAAAAACUUGGGGGUGGGUCCUUAGAAGAUUUGAGCCAAGGAAAAGAGCUCUUGGCUGUUUUGGAGCAUUACCUUCCUCCAUUUUUUGUUCAUACCCGCAGCAUCCCCUAG